AUGAAAUACUCAGUUAUCCUUCCAUUCCUAGUUGCUUCUUUUGCACUUCUCUCAACAGCAGACAACGUGAGACACAUCCGUUGACCGUUCCUUUUCAGUUUCAGAAUGUUUCAGAGCGACUCGGCGGAGAAUCUGUUGUCAGAUGCGACUGUCAGCAAUAACACAGACAGCAGUGACGGUAAAGUGACGAUUGAGGAGCAGUACGAUGAAGACAAUUCGACGAUGACCACUUCUGGAACAAAAGUACCCGCUUCGAAAUCAUCCUCUCUUCCCUCGAGCUCUACAGUGCAGACAACUACGCCGAAAUCAGGGAAGCCAAGAGCUCCUUCCUUUGUUGGAUGGUCUUUCUUCAGUGAGUGAAACAUUUGGAACCACUAGGUCCUCCUGUCAUCAGGAGAUUGCGUAGACUAUAAUCUAUAGCUCGCUACUCUGCCUCGAAUAGUUCGAAUCAGAUUUGUUCAAGAUCUUCCGCUGAGUCACUAGAUACACUUUGAUUCCAUCUAGUUGAACUCUCGCCCAUUCCUUCUUUCAGUCGGCAUAAUCGUCGCCUUCCUCAUCAUCGGAAUCGCCGUGCUUCUCGUCCGAUUCUUCUGCCAACGCCGAUCAGUUGGCAACAAUGUGCCCUACUCAGCCUACAAUUCUGCCUGA